ACCCUUCUCACCCAGAAUGUUCAGGAAGAAAGCACGAUCCAAACCUUGUGCAUUGACAUCCUGCAAUGUCUGGACACCUCAGUCCAUGGAAUGACCCAAGUGUUAUGGCCAAGGCUUCUGGAGUAUGUGGUGCCAGCUCAGUACACUGGUACUUUGAAGCCUCUCUGCAGAUGCCUUAGGGAACUGGCUGAGAAAAAGCAGCAGGAAGGAGAAGCAGCUGCUUGCCUCGACUACAGUGGACGAGUGCAACUCCCUACACCCCAGGGGCUGCUGGCGCGACUCCUGGUAGUAGCCUCAUCCCCUUAUGAAAGAGAAGGACACGGGUGUGCUGCCUUGCAGUUACUAAAGGCCCUGCACCAAAAUAUCCAUGCAGCAGUGGGUGAGAUGUGGGUAGUAAAGAUCCCCUCUCUGCUGCAGUUCAUUGAAGGAAACACAGAGAAUUCCCUGGACCAUGCACAGUGGGAGCACAUGCUGCUUCAGUUCCUAAGAAGAUCUCUGGAGAUGAUAGAUGACAGUGCCUGGAGCAGCCAGAUGUCCCUUGAGUUGAGCCAGCAGAUGGCCGGCUAUGCCAGCCCCUCCAAAGAGAAGGUUUGUUCUCUGUUAAGGCUUAGUUUCUAG